AUGGUUAGAUCGAAAUCUCGACAAAUGGCAUUGAUCGUGGAUGAUUUCAUCUGGGUAAGAAUUUUCACCGCACUUGUUGUACUUGUUGUAGAAAUUUACACCAGUUGGACUGGAUAUGGGGAAAGGAGCGCUCAAAUUACAAAAGGAGUUUGGGGACAUGCGUAUCUUAAGCCACGCAGAGAUGUCACCAAAAUUCUUGAGGGAGAGCGUGGAAUUCACCAAUCAAAUUGCGAUGAGUUGGAAAAGUAUUGGUCUACGAUUAAUCCCAAUAAUAAAGUUGAUUUUGCAAGGUGGACUUCUUGUCUCACCGCUGAGAUUAUCGUGACCACUUCAACAGGAACCAAGGUUUCCAUAGCCGAUUAUAAUAAUAGCCUACCCAAUUCGAUUAAAGUCAAGAUUAUCGAAAACAUUCUCGAGGAAUCUUUAAAAUUUAUUGAAUCCAUAUAUAUGUUUAUCUCAUGCAUUAUGUUCUAUUUCUCCUUUCCUACUUUAGUUAGAAAGUUCGUUCCUGUAAUUAAAACGAUGUACCAUAAGUAUCGUGACAACAAUAUAUGGUUAGAUGCCGAAUUAGAUAGGAUUAUCUGUAACAGAAAACGAGAAAUCAAAAGUGCCCUUCUUGAUCAACCUAUAGAGAACAACAUAUUAGAUUUAUUAAUCACUUUAAAUACUGAAAUGGAUACCCCUAAGAUCACUGGUAUCGAUAAUAAGAGACCGUUGACUAACAUAGAAAUUUCCAGCGCGUUAAGGGAAAUCUUUUCUGGAAUGGACACGACCCGAAACUUAAUGUGUUAUCUCAUGUUUUAUAUUAAUAAAUAUCCCCAAGUUAAAGAUAAAUUGAUUCAAGAAUACGAAUCGAUCUACGGGGAUCUAAACAAGAAAUUAGAUGUUACUUACGAAUCACUUGAUAAAUUAGUUUAUACCGAAGCCGAAGUAGCAAAGGAAAUCCGCCCAAUGGAUUUAUCUUUCGCAGAAUAUCAGAAUAUAGGGCCAACAAGAAAAAAGCCCAAUUGCAAUAUUACUAUAUAA